CAGGCGCGUGGACGGUAGCACGCAUGCGCCGUGGCCCGUGGCCGACGGCGAGCCGGCGAGGCGCGCCUGCGCCUUGGCCGCUGCCGCGCUCUCGGCGCUUGUGUAGAGGCGUCUGGGAGCGUCCGUCUCGCGCCGGCGGCGCCUGCGCAGUGUCGAGGUGCGCCUCAGGGGAGGCUGAAGCGGUUCCCUCUCAGGCGGCGCCAUUUUGUGGUAAGAGGGCCGAGAUUCAAAAAAAAAUAAUAACAAGUCCAAAAACACACCCACACAAACCUACCGACCCGGUUCUGUGUGGAGUGGGCGACGGAACCAGGGUCCCUGGAAUGGCGGAGACUCUGUCGGGUUUAGGAGACGCGGGUGCGGCGAGCGCGGCGGCCCCGAGCUCCGCGGCGUCAGAGACCGGGACGCGGCGGCUCAGCGACCUGCGGGUGAUCGACCUGCGGGCGGAGCUGCGGAAGCGAAACCUCGACUCGAGCGGCAACAAGAGCGUGCUGAUGGAGCGGCUGAAGAAGGCCAUUGAAGACGAAGGUGGGAAUCCUGAUGAAAUUGAAGUCACCUCAGAAGGCAACAAGAAGAUGCCUAAGAGGCCCAGCAAAGGGAGGAAACCAGAAGACGAGGGUGUGGAGGACAACGGGCUCGAGGAGAAUUCUGGGGAUGGGCAGGAGGAUGUGGAGACCAGCCUGGAGAACCUGCAAGACAUGGAUAUGAUGGACAUCAGCGUGCUGGAUGAGGCUGACAUUGACAAUGGCAGCAUGGCAGACUGUGUGGAGGAAGAGGAGGAGGCCACACUCCCUGAGGGCCUAGCAGACAGCACUGAACUGGUAGAAGGCGACUUGAAGGGGCUCCCAGAACAGCUGCAAGAGCAUGCUAUAGAUGACAAGGAAGCCAUUAACAAUGUAGAUACAUCGUCAUCUGACUUCACCAUCCUUCAGGAGGUGGAAGAGGCAUCUUUGGAGCCAGGUACUGUCAAUGCAGGGCUCAGCAGUGGGUUCUGCCCAUAUUCUGUGGAGGAUGACUCGGAUACAAAAAGGCCUUCCCGAGAAGAGAAGGGUCGCAGCAGCUGUGGUAGGAAUUUCUGGGUUAGUGGCCUUUCAUCUACAACCAGAGCCACGGAUCUGAAGAACCUUUUUAGCAGAUACGGGAAGGUGGUGGGUGCUAAGGUUGUGACGAACGCACGGAGUCCUGGAGCUCGCUGUUAUGGCUUUGUCACUAUGUCCACAGCUGAAGAGGCAACAAAAUGCAUUAGCCAUUUGCACAAGACUGAGCUGCACGGCAAGAUGAUCUCAGUGGAAAAGGCCAAAAGUGAGCCCACUGGCAAAAGAGUGCCUGACAGGCGAGAUGGGGACAGCAAGAAGGAGAAGGCCAGCACCAGUGACAGAUCUGCAAAUCUUAAGAGGGAAGAGAAAGGUGACAGAAAAGAUGAUGCCAAGAAGACAGAUGAUGGGAGCACAGAGAAAAGCAAGGAUGCGGAUGACCAGAAACCUGGGCCUUCAGAGCGCUCUCGAGCGACCAAGUCAGGAAGCCGUGGCACUGAGCGUACUGUGGUGAUGGACAAGUCCAAAGGUGUGCCCGUCAUCAGUGUGAAGACAUCUGGGUCUAAAGAGAGAGCCUCCAAAAGUCAGGACCGAAAGUCGGCCAGCCGGGAGAAGCGGUCUGUUGUGUCCUUUGACAAGGUGAAAGAGUCUCGAAAGCCCAGAGACUCAGAGUCACGGAGGGAGCGGGAGCGCAGUGAGCGGGAGCAGAGACUGCAGGCCCAGUGGGAGCGGGAGGAGCGAGAGCGGCUGGAGAUUGCUCGUGAACGCCUGGCAUUCCACCGCCAUCGGCUGGAGCGUGAACGCAUGGAGCGGGAGCGGCUGGAGCGGGAGCGCAUGCAUGUGGAACAGGAGCGGAGGCGUGAGCAAGAGCGUAUUCACCGAGAGCGAGAGGAGCUUCGGCGUCAGCAGGAACUGCGCUAUGAGCAAGAGCGCCGGCCUGCUGUGCGCAGGCCCUAUGAAGUGGAUGGCCGGCGAGAUGAUGCCUAUUGGCCAGAAGCCAAGCGGGCUGCACUGGAAGAUCGUUACCACUCAGACUUCAGCCGCCAGGACCGCUUUCAUGACUUUGACCACAGAGACAGAGGACGCUAUCCCAACCAUUCUGUGGAUAGGAGAGAAGGUUCACGGUCGAUGAUGGGGGACAGAGAAGGACAGCAUUACCCUGAGCGCCAUGGAGGACCUGAACGCCAUGGCCGGGACUCUCGAGAUGGCUGGGGCUAUGGCUCAAACAAGAGACUGAGUGAAGGCCGGGGGCUUCCCCCUCCUCCCAGGCGUGACUGGGGGGAGCAUGGCCGGAGACUUGAAGAUGACCGGGCAUGGCAGGGCACAGCUGAUGGAGGCAUGAUGGAGCGUGAUCACAAGAGAUGGCAAGGUGGUGAGAGGAGCAUGUCAGGCCACUCAGGGCCUGCUCACAUGAUGAACCGCGGUGGCAUGUCAGGGCGAGGCAGUUUUGCCCCCGGAGGAGCUUCUCGUGGCCACGUGCUCCCACGUGGAGGGAUGCAGGCAGGCUUUGGAGGACAGAGCCGGGGCAGCAGACCCAGUGAUGCCCGCUUCACCCGCCGCUAUUGAGCACCUAAGCCACCCAACCGUGACCUCCAAGUCCUGUCAGGACUUCUCUCCCACCAUUGUACAAAGGAUUUUUUUUUUAUCUGCUGCCAUAUUGUAGCUUGUUACGAUGUGAAUUUGUUUUCAUUUUUGUUUUUUUUGUUUGUUUGUUUGUUUUUGUAAUAAAGGUGUUUCUGUUCAUGUG